CCCGUGCAAUUUUUGAUGGAAGUUUUGUUUAUUAUCAUAAUAGUGCGUACGAUUUCCACGACAAAAAGAGCUCCCAGUGGGUUUUCCCUUAAUUGUGCACAUUUUGCGUAAAGGCUCACAUCGUAUUUUCUGUGAGCCAUUCUGGGUAGAACGCUGCGGGCAGUACGAACCCAAAAUGAGCGGUUGCGGACUGCUUGUUUCCGUGAUCAAAACCCUCGAUGCCAGCGAAACGAACGAGCAGCGCGAGCGGGAGAAGCUCAAAAUCGAGCGAGAGUUCCGCAAAACUGACCAACGGUUGAACGAGCUAGUGUCUCGCAGCGAUGGCGACCUCACGCGUGUCAUGCAGCUGUUCGGCAAGGUGUCGACGGAAGUUACGGCCUCCCGGGAGCGGAUACAGGUGGUGAAGGAAAACCUCCAGUCCUGCAAACAGUUGCUGCGCUGCCGCCGGGACGAGCUGAAGAAGCUCUACACCGAUGCGAUCCAGCACAAAUACGUGCUGGAGAUGCUGGACCAGAUCACCGAGAUACGGAAGGUGCCGGCACAGCUGACCGCUUUCCUGGCAAAGAAACACUACCUGCACGCGACCAAGCUGCUGAUGGCGUCGAUCGAAACGACGGACGGAAAGCUGAAGGGCGUCGAAGGGUUGAACGAUCUGCGGCAGGACUUUCAAAACCGCCGCCAGCAGCUGUACGGGAAGCUGCUGGAGGAGCUGAACAAACAUCUGUACGUGUCCAGCACGGCGGACGUGCUGCAAAACUUCCAGCGGCAAGCGUCCGGGCGCAACAGCCAGUACGCGGCCGGCACGUCACCGUUCCAGCGAAACGUUUUGCGCCGCUCGGCCGAACGCGUGGAAGCGAACACGAAAGCGCGCAAGGCGUUGUUUGAGAUCUCCAAGAAUGGGUUUUUGGAUGUGGAUAAAAGUGAAAUUAUCGAAGAUACGGAGCUGCUAGAUCCCGAUGUCAAUUCGUCAUACUUCCUGAGUAUAAUUGUUGAAUGUUUUGCAUUGUUACAGAAAGUGCCUGAAUCGAUUGAGUCAAUAAAAGUACAAAUGCAAAGCGAACUGUUAGCUAUCGUAACCAAAUCAACUCAGCACAUCAAUUCGCUUGAGCAUCUGCCACAGACGCAUCAGCAGCAGCAGCAGCAGCAACAGCAGACAACGCUCGGCAUCACUAGCACUCCAUCAUCUAGCACCGUUGCCACGUGCAACGGGACGCCCUCCGGUGCGUCCAGUGCAGACCCUACCCAGCCCGCUCAACCGGUACCGAUACUCGAGCUGCUCGAUCUGGUGUUCAAGCAGUUUAAGCUGAUCGCCAACGCGCACCAGCAAGCGCUCCGUAACUACGGAAACGUCAUACAACGAUACAACAUUCCGCAAGUGAAGCCUUACGACAUCAUCGAGUACUGGGGGCAGGCCCAGGCCGUGCUCAAGCUCGUGCUCACCGACUAUCUGGACAUCCAGAACGACAGCGGCGACGAGGCGCUGCUGCUGCGCGGCCAGUUCGCCGAGCAGUCGACGAACGUGAACGCUUUCUUCAGUCGUAGAAAAACACCGGGCAAGAAGCUGCUGUUUCGCUUUGACAAAUCGUCUCACACGGCCGACGCCGGCGGGCCGCAGACAGCGGAUGGAGACACGGGCGGGACAAAAGAACACCGGCGCAACCUGUCGAACGUGUCCAACAGCACACCAAAGGAAGAGGCGCUGCUCAACAGCUCGGCGGUCAGUGCAAACUCGUCUCAUCUGCUAAACAGCAGCUUCCAUCAGCAUCAGCCGUAUUAUUUCGGCGGGAAAGAUGCUGCCGCCGAACGGCGAAAGCGCGAACGAGCGCUGGUUUGCCCGGCGGAUGCGUCCCUGGUGCGGAAGAUCUAUCUACCACUGAUGGGAUACAUCCAGGAGAUUGAAAGCUUUAUGAAGUGCAAGUCAGGGCAACCGUGCAGCUUGAACACGUUCCUGGCAAACUACGUGAAGGACGCUUAUCUGGCACGGGGCCACAAUCGCAAUCUGCAGUUGACGAUCGAGUCGCUUUCGAAAGCACAGGACGCCUGGCGAACCAUCAUCAGUCCGGAGGAAAUGAAACGGCUCGGCCUAACGCGUCCACUUUUGCAGAACACUCUCAUCGUGGAGAAUCGAAUUGCUGAAACGAAGAAACUCAUCCAAGAUCUUCCCACCUACUCCGAUGAACUGCUGAAGAUGGUCUGCUCACUGCUGAAGACGUACCGCGAGACGUGUCAGGCCGCGUACCGUGGCAUUGUGCAGCCAGAAACCGAGGACAAACGAAUCUACAGUGUCGCCUGGCUUAAAGAUGACGAUAUUACACGAUUUUUGAAAUCGCUUCCCAACUGGACGGAUCUAAAGUCAUCGAACGCACGGUUGAGGCAACUGCAGCAAAAGCGCCUAAUGAAGACGGAACCCUCGGAGGAGGAAAGUCCCACACAGGUGCAGCAGCGUAACGUGCGCGAGGCGGAAAUGCUUACGAGCAAUCUCGGCGAGGGCGGCAUCUCCCAGCAAGAGAUCCUGUCCGAUGUGGGCGUGCUGAAGGAGCUGGCCAUACUGCAGGAAAGCAUGGAAUGGUUUGCGAGUCGCAUCACCGAGUUUGCCCACGAUUUGAAGAAACCGAUCGUAAACGGCCUGGUGGCGGCCUCACCGGUCACAACGCCCGGCUCUCCCUCGCCCGCCGGUACGGCAACGAUCGUGAACAGUCCGGUCAUAGUGAAGGACGGUAUGAUCAAGGUGCUGAUCAAUCUGGCACUGGAGUUUGAGGAGCUCGCCAACACGUGCCUGCUGGUGCUGCAUCUGGAGGUGCGCGUGCAGUGUUUCCAUUACCUGCGCUCGAGCCCCUCCGAUCGGUACAAGGCGAACAAUCCCAACAAGAACGAUUCGCUCGAACCGGACGCAAAGGUGCUGAAGCUAACGAAGGUACUGUCGGACAUGGACGAAGCGCUUAGCUCCACGUUGCACCCGCGGAAAACGAAGUACGUCUUCGAAGGGUUGGCACAUCUGGCCGCCCGCAUUCUCAUCAUGGCCGCCAACUCGAUGGAAUACAUCGACCAUUCGGGCGUGCAGCGAAUGUGCCGGAAUGCGCUAGCACUGCAGCAAACGCUGAGCAGCAUUACGGCGUCGCGUGAGGUGGCCCUGGACUAUGCACGGUCCUUCUACGAAAUGUUCUACCUAGAUCCGGAGGAAAUUCUCACCUCCAUCGUGGAAAAGGGCGCCCAGUUUACCGAGAUGCAAUACCUAAACGCGCUGCAGCUGAUCUUCCGCAACCGUGGCAUCGUGGAUCCGGCCGUCGUCGGGACCUAUCAGCAAAAGCUGUCCGAUCUGCUCGGCACAAAGCCCGCCCUCGGUGUGACCGUGUGAUCCGCCAAUGCAAACGCAAAAGUCGAACAAAAGCAUAGCAAUUACUAGCAAACCUACUGCCGCGUAUAGUCUACGUAUGUCUGCACGCUUUCAAGGAGCAUUGUUGAAGCGUUUAGCAACGAAUCGUCGUUCCGCACCCUGAGGUUCGUUUGCACUCUGGCUAGGCGAUGCUUUCAAUGCGUCUUUGCGAAGUGUUGUGUGCUCCUUUUACGACGGUGUUAAUGCUAGGGAUUUUCAAAUUGUAACUAAAGAAGCUUACGUGGGGGCGAGCGCCCUCGCGGUAGGAAAACAAAGCGAUUAAAACAUAUUAAACGCAGCUGUGGCGUUUGUGUAGGUAUAUUGCAACAAAAUAA